GAAACGAAACAAAGGCUGGGGGAUUGGAUACUGGUUUGAAAGUGGCGCCUGUAGUGCGUCGGGAGGCAGUGUGGGGAGCGAGCGAGGGAGUGAACACACACACACAGUGUGGAGAGAGUCAGAAGGAGGUAGACGGAGAAGCAGCGCAGAGAGACACGGUGCCUGCAACAGGGCAGCUCGGGAAGCGCUCCAAGCCUCCGGGAUAUGGACAGGGCGGUGAGAGAAUGAGCCGGAGAUCAGCAGCAGGAGCAGAGCAGCGGCGGCCAACAUGAGUCACAGCAGCAACUCGGGAUCUUGCCGCUUCGCCGAUUACUUCGUGGUGGCCGGGAUCGACACUGACAGCGGACUGGAGCCCGAUGAACUCUCCGCGUUAUGCCAGUGGCUAGAAGCAGAGCGAUAUAGCAGGAGACAAGAUACUCCAUGUCCAAACAAAGCUUCAGGAGAAAACUUUGAUCAGAGCCCAUUGAGGAGAACGUUCAAGUCCAAAGUUUUAGCUCACUAUCCCCAGAAUGUCGAGUACAACCCUUUCGACCAAGAUGCAGUCAAUAUGCUUUGCAUGCCGAAAGGACUUUCCUUCAGAACGCAGUCCGAGAGCAGAGACCCGCAGUUCCAUUCCUUCCUCAUCACUCGCGAGGACGGCUCGCGCACCUAUGGCUUUGUGCUCACCUUCUAUGAAGAGGUCACCUGCAAGCAGAUCUGCAGCGCCAUGCAGACGCUGUACCAGAUGCACAACGUGGAACAGUACAGCAGCGUUUAUGCCUCGUCCUCUUGCAGCAUGGACUCGCUGGCAAGCAGCAUCGACGACGGCGACAGCACGUCCCUGGCGAAGCUUCAGCGGUACAACUCGUACGACAUCAGCCGGGACACCCUGUAUGUGUCGAAGUGCAUCUGCCUCAUCACCCCACUUCCCUUCAUGCAGGCCUCUCGGAAGUUCCUGCUGCAGCUGCACAAGGCAGUGACCUCCCAGCAGCCGCCACCCCUCCCCUUGGAGAGCUACAUUCAUAACAUCCUCUACGAGGUUCCCCUGCCCCCUCCUGGUCGCUCACUGAAGUUCUCCGGGGUCUACGGGCCCGUUAUCUGCCAACGGCCAGGGCUGAGUGAGUUGCCGCUGUUUGACUUCGCGCUGAGGGAAGCCUUUGAGUUGUUGGGCUUGGAAAAUCUGGUUCAGCUCUUCACGUGCGUGCUUCUAGAGAUGCAGAUUCUUCUGUACUCACAAGAUUACCAGCGGCUGAUGACAGUAGCUGAAGGAAUCACCACGCUCCUCUUCCCCUUCCAGUGGCAGCAUGUCUACGUUCCCAUUCUCCCGGCCUCCCUGCUGCACUUCCUCGACGCUCCCGUUCCGUACUUGAUGGGCUUGCAGUCCAAGGAGCCCAAUGACCGGUCCAAGUUGGAGCUGCCGCAAGAGGCCAAUCUGUGCUUUGUGGACAUUGACAACCACUUCAUCGAGCUCCCAGAGGAUUUCCCCCAGUUCCCAAACAAGCUGGAGUUCAUCCAGGAAAUCUCCGAGGUGCUGCUGCAGUUUGGGAUCCCACCCGAGGGGACCCUGCACUGCAGCGAGAGCGCCACCAAGCUGAAGAACCUGGUGCUGGAUGACCUGGCCAACGACAAGAAGAAUGGCAACCUGACCAGCAACACCAUCAACAUGUACGAGCUGCUGAAGGGCAACGAGACGUUGGCUCGGCUUCAGGCGUUGGCCAAACGCACCGGGGUGACGGUGGAGAAGAUGGAGAUCGCCCCCCAGCUGGCAGCGGCGAAGGAGAAGGACACCAAGUGCCAGAACAGCGAGGAAGAGCUGCGGGAUUACAAGCUCACCGUGCAACUCCGAGAAGUGUUUGCCAACCGCUUCACCCAGAUGUUCGCCGACUACGAGGCCUUCGUCAUCCAGCCCACUCAGGACAUGGACGCUUGGCUCACCAACCGUGAGCAGAUGCAGAAUUUCGACAAGGCAUCGUUUCUGUCUGACCAGCCAGAGCCCUACCUCCCCUUUCUCUCCCACUUCAUAGAAACUCAGAUGUUUGCAACUUUCAUUGACAACAAGAUUGUAUCACUGUGGGAGGAGAAGGAGCCUCUUCUCAGAGUGUUUGAUUCACGCAUUGAGAAGAUGAAGAUCUACAACGUUCGCGUCCCCACGUUACGCACCUCAAGUUAUCAGAAAUGCACUGUCUUGAAAGAAUCCGCCAUAGCCAUUGAGCAGCGCCUGGUGAAGAUUGACCACACUGCUAUCCACCCACACCUGCUGGAUAUGAAGAUCGGACAGGGCAAGUAUGAGCAAGGAUUCUUCCCCAGCCUCCAGUCUGAUGUACUGUCAGCAGGCCCAACUAAUAACAACCGAUGGGCCAACCGGAGCGCCACAGCUCAGCAGCGAAGGAAAGACCGGCUUCGGCAGCAUUCCGAGCAUUUGACACUGGACAAUGAUUUGAAAGAGCCAGCAGAGAGGCUCCUGGUCCAGCACAACUCUAUGGCUUUCUGGGAGUGGGACCAGGGUCAACCCCCACCUGUACGGCCUCCCAAAAAAUCCUUCUCCGAGUGCUCACUGAAAUAUAUCCAGGAGGCCAGGAGUAUAGGAAAAAGCUUACGGCAACCCAAACUGUCUGAUCUCUCACCUGCUGUCAUUGCACAGACCAACUGGAAGUUUGUCGAAGGUCUGCUCAAAGAAUGUCGCGUCAAGACCAAACGGAUGUUGGUGGAAAAGAUGGGGCAUGAAGCAGUGGAGCUGGGACAUGGAGAGGCCAACAUUACUGGCUUAGAGGAGAACACAUUGAUCGCCAGUCUGUGCGACUUGUUGGAGAGAAUCUGGAGUCACGGUCUGCUGAUCAAACAGGGGAAGUCAGCUCUGUGGUCACACCUGCUGCACUAUCAGGAGAGUGAGGAGAAGCGAGAGGCAACAGUAGAGACACCAGUGGCGGCAGCACCCGAACGGCGAAGAUCGGACUCAGGAUUGAACUUGCCGACCCUUCGAGUCUCCCUCAUACAUGACAUGAGGCAUGUCCAAAACAUGAGUGAGAUCAAGACGGAUGUCGGCCGAGCCAGAGCAUGGAUAAGGCUGUCCCUUGAAAAGAAGGUUCUCUCUCAACAUCUCAAGCAACUCAUGUUCAAUGAAGGUCUUAUCAAGAAGUUGUACAAGCGUUAUGCAUUCCUGCGUUGUGAGGAUGAGAAGGAACAAUUCCUUUACCACCUCUUGUCGCUCAACGCCGUGGACUACUUCUGUUUUACCAGUGUGUUCACGACAAUCAUGAUUCCGUACAGAGCUGUAAUUAUUCCCAUCAAAAAGUUGAGUAACUCCAUCACUACCUCCAAUCCCUGGAUCAGUGUGUCGGGAGAGCUCGGGGACACCGGGGUGAUGCAGGUGCCCAAGAACGUUCUGGAAAUGACCUUUGAGUGCCAGAAUCUGGGCAAACUGACCACGGUUCGGAUUGGACAUGAUAACUCGGGUCUGCUGGCCAAGUGGUUAGUGGAUUGUGUGAUGGUCAGGAAUGAGAUCACAGGUCAUACCUACAGGUUCCCCUGUGGACGGUGGCUUGGGAAAGGAGUAGACGAUGGCAGCCUGGAGCGGAUCCUGGUCGGCGAACUCAUCACCGCGGUGGUGGAGGAAGACCUGAGCAAGCAGUGUCGCACGCCACCUCAACUCCGAUCGCCGACUGUCGCCCGCCGACUGAGCAUCACGUCCCUCGGGGGGAAGACAUCCAAACCCAAUGCUGGCCAAAUCCAGGAAGGAAUCGGGGAAUCAAUAAAUAAUAUUGUGAAGCAUUUUCAUAAACCAGAAAAAGAGAGAGGCAGUCUGACCAUUCUGCUGUGUGGGGAGUUUGGCCUCGUCUCUGCCCUGGAGCAAGUCUUUCACCAUGGGUUCAAGUCUGCUCGACUCUUCCAGAAAAACGUCUUCAUCUGGGACUUCAUAGAGAAAGCUGUCACGUACUUUGAGGCGACGGAGGAGGAUGAGGACUCGCAGGAAAACCUGCUGAAGCUGAAAGGCUGCUCUGCGACGUUCUGUCAGUAUGUCAAUGCCAUCUCUGCAGCACCCCGCAGUAUCGGGAAGGAUGGGAAGCUACAGUUGCUUGUCUGUCUUGGUGCAAGGGAUCACCUGUUACCCCAGUGGAUCCCACUGCUAGCAGAAUGCCCGGUGAUCUCUAGGAUGUACGAAGAUGGUGCCCUGCUCCGAGAUCACGCUGCUGUCAACUCCCUAAUCCGGGUCCUGCAGACACUGCAUGAGUUCAACAUCACGCUGGAAGCCUCGCUGGUCAAGGGCAUUGACCUGUAACAUUGGAACCUCAGAGCUGUCGAGCCUGGCCCCACAACCCCAAACCCCCACCCCCAACCCCAACCAUCUGGUCCCCUCCCCUUCCAUCCCGUCCACUUGGCUUGACCCCCUCUGACUGUAGGUAGCGGGGAGGAGGGGGGGCCUCUGUUCACAGUAUCUGGGAUACCGGUCACAUGACACUGCCUGAAGACCGAGGUGAAACCACCCUGCAGCUGGCCUUGGGCCAAGGGACAGUAUUGACCACUUCAAAAAGAUGCCGGUCACAUGAGGAGAAUUGGCCUGUGCAACGUGCGUCCAUAAAUUGUACCUUCCCAAAAGGUUAUGACACUGUCAGCUGACCAAUAAGAAUCACUAGUUUGUGGAGAAGGGUUCCUGCUCCCCUCUGUCCACUUGUCUACCCACCUUGUGUAAAUACUGUGAGAUCUUCAUUAUUUUUUGCAUUAUGCUUGCGGGUACGUGUGUGUUUAAUGAAGGUGACCUCUGAAUCCCAAUUUUGCGUGGGACGCUGUGUAAUCAGACAGUGGACCUCUCUGCAUCCUCCAAAUUAUGAUUUUUUUUUCAACUACGCCCCUCUCAUUCUUCCCCCAAAGCUCAAAGACCAUGAAACCGCUCCUGAUGUCCCAGCCUCCCCACUUUAUUCUGCCCACAACAUCACCAACCCCCCCCCUCCCCAUCUUUUUCACUCCAAUUCCUGCUGCAGUGUUAUUGGCCCUCAAAUGAAUUCAGUCUCCAUUUGAAGCAGUUGCCCCUAUUUAAUACCCUGUGGUACAGGGGACCCUGUAAAUACAUUGGCCUGAGGGCCCAAAGAGACCAGUUUAUAAGUCCAGCAUCUCUGCCUUCCCAGACUGGUGCUGCUAUGAAGAGGAGCCAAGUACUGCGAGGGCACAUGGCAGAGUGUAUGUGCCGUUUGCCAGGUGCCACUCGGAGUAGCACCAGAAUCACCUGCCAUCUCAAGAGGAACGUCAGUCAUAUUUCAGUUAUUUAUUGGUCGAAACUUGAAUCCUACAGACAGUUUCUGAGAGAGCCCGCGGAAUUUGGCUGCCGGUGAUUUCAGUAGAUGUCGCUCUCCCUUCUACGCAAUACUGAGGUCGGGAGGGGUGUGGGGGCGGUGUUGCAGCCCUCCCGUGGAGUUACCUCUCUCGCUGGAAAGGCCUGAAGCCUCACCCUCCGUGCCCACUCCCUUAACUGACCUCGCAACAUCGGGCUGAGAAGGAGAUACCAGCUGCUGAAGGAAGUGCCGCCUCCCUUGAACAAACUGCCAGUCGACAUUCACUUCACUGCCCAGGCUGACUCGACCAAACGCUAUUGGAGGUUAAGGCGUUGGGGGGGGGGGGGGGUGCAAAAGAGUUUGAAAUCAGUAUUUUAAGAAACCCCCCCCCCACCGUGAAACCCUGCAAUGAAAUUGGAAACAAACUGUCAGUGACUGAGAAGGUGAUGGAUGUGUUAACAAUGAUGAGGGGAGGAAGCCUUCGAACUGAAGGGAGGAGCGUUGAGCCCAAGAUUUGUCUGCUUUCUGGUUCCAGACACUGCACACUUUUUCAGCCACUUGAAGGAGUUGCCUUUGGAGGGAUAACGGAAUGCCAUUUCGAAAGAUUCCCAGUGUGGUGAGGAAUUCCGAGAUGGGACGCUUGUGAAGAUAAAGGCCCUUUAUCCCAGUCACAGCAAUGACUCUGAAACAGCAAACCAACAGCAGCUACCCUCACUCCUACUGUCCCUGAAAUGCCAUGUCGGAACAUUCUUUCCAUGUUUGUUGGACAGACACACUGCAGGUGUAUUCCAUCUGCUGCUGCCUCCCAGCGUGGAUCCCAGCUGAGUAGUGAGGUCCCAAAUCACCACGAUGUGACACGGAUUCUGAUAAGGCUUGCUUUUGUUCUUCACUUUUGUCCGUUUGGCUACAGCAAGACCUGAAAGCAACACAGACCGUACGAUGGUCACGAUCCAGAAAGACUGUUCCUGGAAGACGCCUUCUCUCCACUGGACAAUUCCAGAGUUUCCCAUUAGAGAGGAGGUACAGAACCGGCCCACUUCAGGAAAACUCGGGAAGAUCCCUCGCUGAGGAUUCUCUAGGCUGACGCCUCACUGUCCCCGCACCCACACCUCAUGCUCAAUCCAGACCUCUCAUAAAGGCUACUUGAACUCUCUAGUUAAAACAUGGAGCGUGGCCACCUCUCCAGAACCAACCUGGCAAUUAAAGGUUAAAUUUCCCAUGCAUCGUUGAGAGCAUUCCAGGGAAAAGACAAGGUUGGGAUUAAAAGAAAAUAAUAUAUUUUCAAUUUCAUCAAAGUUUGUUUUAUGCAUCCCAGUAAUGUGGGGAAUGGAAGAACAAACAGUGGACAAUCAGGAGUUAGUGAAUGGGAUGGGACAAUUGGAGGAGGGGAGAUAAUAUAGCCAAGCCUCCUGGAAUUUGUCCAUAGAGGACUUGCAACUCUGAGCGUCCCGUUGAGAAUUUGCAAAAUUAACACUGCGUGCACACAGACAGUAUCGAAGAAACAGACACCUCUUCAGUAUCUCAGAAUAGAUCCAAACCACCAUUAUUGCAGAAUUGCGCAGUGAAGCAACCCAUGGGGCUAAAGACCUUGGAAGCAUUUUUUUUCCCUUUUAAAACUGCUGCUUAAAGAAAUUACGGCACUUUAUCGGAAUAAUGGAUUAAUUGGCAUGUCCUCGUUGGAUGGGGAAAGAGCCCAAUCCUUUUAGAAAGUAAUGACAACCAAUUGUAUGCUGGUUACAUAUGACUAUUCCAGCGCAAAGUUGGCCAAAGCACUGUGCGGCUGACUCCAAAAAGACUCUAGGUUUGUUAUCUAGUCUUUGCGGAAAUAAUUGGUCAUUGGUUAGGACAAUAAUUGACCUCAGUGUUCCUUGCCUGCUGUCCCUUGCCUCAUGAGCAGAGAAGCCCAGACGGGCUCUUACACCAAAUGACUUCUCAGUGAUUGUCAGAACCUGCGCGUGUGGCUGUUGGGUGAGGAGUGAAGCCCACCCUGGCUGGACUGCCAUUGGUGCCCCAGUAUAAAGAAUGGCAAGCCACACAGAUGAGGUACAGCAGAGGAGGUGUAGACUUACAGGUACCAACACCUCACCGUGCAGACAGGCACAAAACAACAUUGGAUGGGUGACACUGUGGUAUAUUUCAACGUCCCCAAUGCAAUUACACAAACAAUUGGCCAAACAAGUAAUUGGAACAAGUGCAUGGAUAUGAACUGAGGGAGGUACCUAUGGGUUCACUUUCCAUUGCACACCCAUGCACGAUUUAUCUGCGACAGUGUUAAGCCUUGCUGUGAAUCGUUCUGACACAAAUCUCGGGGUAUGGGCGAUGGUUCUAUUAAAGGUACCUGGGUGAUGAGACCAUCAUCACACGAGCAAAGGUACCAGGCCAUAAUGCUACCUAGCAGCUGCCCACUGCUGUGUCUCGGUUCCUGCUGGCUGCUGUAACUGCUGAACUGAUAUUAAUAUAUACUUGGUAAUCUGAAAUAGAUGUGACUGUAGAUUUAUUUUGAGUGCUUGGUCUUAGGUUACUACUUUUCUUCUUUAUAAAAUAAAAAUGACUGUUAACUUCACUUAGAAUUGACAGCUCAGAAACAGGCCAUUUGGCCCCAACAGUCAAUGCCAAUGGUUAUGUUGUGCACGAGCCUCCUCGCGUCCUUAUAUAUUUCAUCCUGUCAGCAAAUUUUUCUAUUCCUUUCUCUCUUAGCUAUCUUCCUCUAAAAGGCACCUUGACUAUUCUCAGUUGCUCCGUGUGUAGUUGCAAAUUCCACAUUUUCUAUGGAAUUUCUGUCCAAUUCAUCACUGAAUUCAUUAGCGUUACUUAUGUUUUGGGAUUCUCCCACUAGUUGCAACACCUGCUUCAAAUCUAAUGUAUCAAACUACUUUGUAACUUUUCAGAACUUUUAUCUUCAGCCUUUGGGUGUAAAGAACCUCAGCAGACUCACUCCUUUUGAAUUCUUACAGCCUGUGAGUUCUGUUAUUGUUCAGCUGAGUGUGGAAUUCCAAUAUAUCAGACAUCAUCUUUAACCCCCACUAAAUCGUAUCAUGUGGGCUUUGCUUUUGCAACGAGACAGUACUACAGACUAACUUUGUACACACAGGACUCUCUCCCUUCUGAUCCUUCCUGAAGCUUCUGACUGUCUACAUGCGCACACUACCCAGAUUUGUGUACAAUAAGGUGUUAUUAUGAAAGAAUCUGAUAAGUGUCAUAAAUGUGAAUUGCUGACUUUGUACAUGUGUCCUAUAACUCUCGCAUUGGUAAUAAAAGAUAAGGAAGCUGACCAGUCA